AUGGCCGCGUCUAGCCGGACGUUCCUCGCCUACCAGCACGACUGGAACCUGCUCUCCCUUGACACACCUGUCACAAAAAUCUAUGGCUUCAAUGACCUAGAGGAUCCCAACCGCCAACUAUUCCCCGCGGGAAAUGAUGAUGACCAUGUCAUCGUCACAGAAAAGACAAUCUUCCACCCCCAAGGAGGCGGCCAGCCGUCCGACGUGGGCACAAUGACAGGACCCGCAGGAACCACGUUUACGGUGACCGCUGUGCGCAUGGAUGCGACCGGACAAGGUCAGGUCCUACACCUCGGCCGAUUCCGCGACGGUUCGUCGCACAUGUUUACGCAGGGCGAGACGGUCCGACAAGAAGUCGACGCCGAAAAGCGCCUGCUGCAUUCGCGGCUUCACACCGCCGGCCAUGUCCUUGGUGCUGCGGUGAGGCAUCUUCUGGAGAAGGAGGUUAAGGACUUUGAUGAAUUAAAAGCGUCGCAUUUUCCGGGCUCGGCUUCCUGUGAAUUUCAAGGUCUGAUCGAAGGGAAGUGGAAAGAGCCGAUCCAGAAACGGGUAGAUGAAUAUAUCGCCGACAAGCGACCGGUCCAGGUUGAGUGGUGGGAUGAAGCCAUGUUUCGGGAAAAGGGUCUCGAACGAUUGAUUCCCGAUCGGAGCCUGAUGCCCGGGGAGAAGUUCCGCGUGGUUAACAUUGUUGGAACCGAGGUUUAUCCCUGUGGAGGAACACAUGUCGAUACUACAGAUCGGUGUGGACCGACUAGCGUUAAGAAGAUCUCGAGAAAGUCGGGCAACUCUCGUGUUAGUUACGUCGUGAAUUGA